UGGGACGCAGAGGGGGAUGGGGACCAGCAGCCCAGGGCUGGAGACACAGGUCCGUGAAGGGGCAGAGGAGGCUGCCCGAUCCCUGGAGAGACACCUAGCCCAGGAGAACCUGAGAAACCCAUGGACCUUUCCAGACCCCGAUGCAGACAUUGGAGGGAGCUGGUUCUCCUAGCCAGUCUACUGGCCUGUGGGACCCGCCAAGCCUACAGUCAAAUCUCCAUAGACCCAGAAUCACUCUUAGGAAUCAAGGGAUUUCGGACCGUCCUGGUCCUCCAGAAUGUCACCCAGGAUGUUCAAGAAUACAGCUGGCACCGAGGCGCAAAUGAUACUGCGGAAAAUAUGAUUGUCAGCUACAAACCUCCCUCCGAUACCUGGCAGUCUGGGCCCAUGUUCAGUGGACGGGAGAAUGUGACCAGGACAGGUAGCCUGGUGAUCAGGAGGUCUGCAUUAAAUGACACAGGGAAUUAUACCGCGAGGGUGGACUUUGGCAACAGGACCGAGAAAGCAACAGGCUGCCUCAGUAUUCAAGAGUUGGAAAAGAAGCCGGACAUCUCGGCUAACGCCAGCUCUGUCGUAGAAUAUAUGGAUCCUGUGGCCGCCAUUUGCUACACCAAUGCCACCAAUGUCAACUGGUAUGUGGAUUACACACGGGUAUCCAGCAAUGACCGGAUGACAAUCUCCCCGGACCUCAAGACCCUCAUCAUCCACAGGGUCAGCCGCUAUGACAGAACACUUCAGUGUGAAACAGAAAGCAUUCCAGAGUUUCCUCGGAGAAGUGAACCUCUCUCUCUCUCCGUGGACUAUGGGCCAGACAAAGUGCAGCUGAGAACCAGUCACAUCAUCUUAAAUGGCAUCUUGUCUGCUAAGAUCGGCUCCGAAGUGCACAUGGAGUGUAACGCCAUUUCCCGACCCAGUCCCAAGUACCACUGGACCCACAACGGCUCCCUCGUGAGCCUCUCAGGGGCAAAAAUCAUCCUCCCAAGUCUGGCCUGGGAGCAGAUGGGCAGAUACAGGUGCAUCGUGGAGAACCCCAUGACUCAGCUGACCAUGUACAGGGAAUUUCAGAUCCAGGUGCAUAGAUCAGAGCACAGUCAUGUUGUGAACAGAGGCUUCUACAUCUCAGGAGCCAAAGUGGUGUGGCUCAUCGUGAUAACAGUCCUUAGCAGCGUCUAUCUCUGCGGAAUCCUGAUCUACAUCUUGAUCAGCCAUUUCUCCACCAGGAGGCAGAGAGGGACUUGAAGAUGUUAUACUCCUGGCCUUGAAGACAGAGACCUGGGUCAUGAACAAAGGGAUACAGAUGCUUCUGGAAAAAGCAAGAAAAUGCCUUUGUCCCCUGGAGCCUCCAGAAGGAACUCAGUCCUGCCUGCCAACGCCUUGGUCUUAACCCAGUGAAAACUUGUGGACUUGGAUUUGUGACCUCUGGAACUGUAAGAUGAUAAAUGUAUGGUGUUGGAAGCCACUAAAUGUGUGCUGGUUCAUGACAGCAGCAUGCUGUCCCCGCCCUUGAUGCUCUGCUGCUCCCCGCCCUUGAUGAGAGAACACUUCAACGGAACGAUUCCUGUUUUUGUUGAUUGUUCAGAGUAAGAGUUACACACACACACACACACACACACACACACACACACACACACAAAACCACCUCCUGACACCGUUGUUACCAAGGCCUCUGCUUAGUGAAAGCCACAUGGGCCCCUUUCAGUCCCCGCCUUUCUGGACUUUGCAACAACAGAAAGGUCAUCCAAUUGCUUGUCUUCCCUAAACAAAAGCGCUUCUUUUCUGGACCGCAAGGUGUCCAUCAGCAGCCUCUUUGCUGCUUGCUUUGCAUUUCCCUGACCCCUAAGUAUUAGAGGGGUCCCGGAUACCUCCAGCCCAUUCUCUCCCUUGAACUGUAGACUUUGAUCCAGUGGUGUACUUGAAAUCCCCGUUCCCUCGUCCAAAACUCACACAGAACAUAUUCAAACGGAACUUCUCCUUUACUCCCCCAAGUCUCUUCCUCCUACAACCUUCUCAAGCACGAUGAUUGGAGCCUCUGUUCUUCUGGCUGCCCACAAGAAAGAUCUAGGAGUCAUCCCGGACCCCCCUCUGUCACUCAUAUCCCACCCUCAAUCCAUUAGCAAACUCCAUUUAGCCUUAACCUCAGACUUCAUCCGGAAGGCAAUCAAGCCCCACCCUCAUGACAUCUUGGUUCCGGCCACCAUCAUUUCCAGCCGGGAAUGUUCCUCUAGCCUCCUUUUUCACUUCCCUGCCACACAUAGUCUCUUUUGCACUUAGUGGCCAGAGGGAUCUGUGAACUUGAAAGCUGGAUUGUGUCCUUCUGCUUCAAUGCCUCCAGACGUCCACAGUGGACUAUAUGUGCAGACAUGAUUUACCCAAACACGCUGACCUCUUCAAACUCAUGUCCCAUUUCUUGGCACUUGCCUCUCUCUGUCUAACUACACAGACUUCCUGCUGGUCCUCCAUUCACUGGUCUGCCUCCCAUUUCUGAGCAUUUGCACCUGCUGUUUCUUCUGCCCGGCAUGCUCUUUGAUCACAAUAGAUUGCAAACUCUUGAACCUCCUUCAUGUCUUUGCUUAAUCAUCUCUAACACAAGCCACAGGCCAAACCUAUGGAAUGGGAGAGAAUAUUUGCAAAUCAUAUAUCUGAAAACACCCAGGAUAUUAUCCAGGAUAAUAUCCAGGAUAUAUAAAGAACUCCUACAAUUCAAUAACAAAAAAAAAAAAUAAUAAUAAUUCAGUUUUUUAAAUGGGUAAAAAAACAAAACAAAACCACUUUGAAUUAGACAUUUCUCCAAAGAAGAUAUACAAUGGCCAACAAGCCUAUGCAAAGACACUCACCAUUGCUAAUCACUAGAGAGAUGCAAAUCAAAAGUACAGUGAGCUAUCAUCUCACAUCCAUGAGGAGUGAGAUGAUGCCCACUAUAACAAGCAAAAAAAAAUGAAAAAUAAAAAAUAGCAAGUGUUGGCAAGAAUAUGGA